AUGAUUGGUCUUGUAGCAUAUCGCCUUGCACUACCACCUAAACUGUCCAAUGUCCACAAUGUGUUCCACGUUUCGAUGCUUCAACGGUACCUCCAAGAUCCAGAACAUGUCAUCGACUAUGAGAACUUGGAAGUUCAAGAGGAUCUCUCUUAUGAAGAUCAACCAGUGCAGAUUCUUUAUCGUCGCGAUCAAGUUCUCCAAAACAUGACCAUAACGCUGGUAAAAGUCUUAUGGCGAAAUUAUCAUAUCGAAGAAGCUACGUGGGAAACUGAAAGUCAAAUGCGAGCCAAAUACCCACACAUUUUCGACAAUUAA